CGGAUAUAAUAUCAUUGGACAGCUGUUGGCAGAAGAGGAUACGGAGUGAUUUGUAUACAUAUUCCUUUUAACUCGUAACAGUAAAAAGUUAACCAUGGUUUUGAUGACGAUGAUAGCGAGAGCCUCGGAUGGGCUUCCACUUGCUGCAUCAUUACAGGAAGAUGAACAGUCAGGACGAAAUCUUCUGGAGUAUCAGAACCAGGCCAAAAUGCUUUUUAAAAAAUUAACAGUCAACAGCCCAAACAGAUGUUCCAUAGAAACAGGCCCAUAUCUUUUUCACUAUGUAAUUGAUAAUGAAGUGUGUUACCUGGUGCUAUGUGAACGGGGUUUCAGCAAAAAGUCAGCUUUCACAUUCCUGGAAGAAAUGUCUGCUGAGUUUAAUUCACAGUAUGGACGUCGAGUUGCACAUGUUUCCAGGCCAUAUUCCUUCAUAGAGUUUGACACUUACAUCCAAAAGCUCCGUCGUCAGUACAGUGAUCAAAGAGGACGACGCCACAUGCACCAGCUACGAGAAGACUUGAAUGAUGUGCAGAGGAUUAUGAUGGACAACAUUGAUGACGUUUUGCAACGAGGUGCUGCACUGUCAGAUUUGGAGACAAAGGCUUCUGGUUUAUCAAUGAUGUCAAAAAAGUACCACAAAGAUGCCCAGUAUUUGAACAUGCGGUCUACCUAUGCAAAAAUUGCUGCUGGGGCAGUGGUCGGAUUAGUGUUUUUGGUGUACUUCUUUGUGUUUUAAUCAGUUGGCAUUAUCAAGUUUAUUUUAAUUUCUUUAUAUUGUUGGUAAAUAUGAUCAGAUUAUUUGUAGUUGUAAAAAUUAUUCCUAUUUAUACAUGUAAUAGUUUUACAAGCCAAGUGACUAGGUAUUCAUUCUUUUUGGCAAAAGCAAUCUACUUUCUAAAGGACUAACUUAUAAAUGUGACAACCAACUAUUUGUGUUUAUAUUACAACCUUCAGGACUUUUGUUGAAAAAGGAUCAUCCGCAUAAAGGCAUUGUUUGUACCAUUUUCCUCAGUCAACUUUUCUGGUUCAUAAAAGAAAAUCCACCUAUAACAUUUUUUAUUGACAAAGUAAAUCUCCCAACAUUGAUAUUGUGAGCAGCUUCUUUAUAGAUGUAUUUUGGAACAAGUAAUUGCAUUUCCUCUCUGCCCAGUCUAAAAUUGUGAUAUAUGUGUAACUUGAUAUUGCUAAAUCAACAUUGUUGUCUGGAUGUCAGCAACGUCAAGGUGAAGAGAAAAAAAAUGUCAUUUGUUUUGAGAUGGCAGUAGCUGAUCAAAGACAUUUAAUAUAACUUGUUCUAUAUGCAAAGCUAAUUUUUCAAAUGGCUAAAAAGAUUUGUAAGUUUGUCCCUUAAUUUUUUUUUACCUUUAGGGUUGAAGUGUAUGGCAGGUAUAUAACCUGAUUUAAUGUACAUAAUAUAGUUAAAAAAAUGUAAAAAUAUUCCAAGAUUAUUGAAACUUUGCCUUUUGUCUUUCAUAUACCUGUACACUUCCAGCUUCAGAUCUUCUUGAUUUUUCCAGAAAAACUUUAUACUCAGAAACACAGAUGAUUUUGACAAACAGCUGUAGGAAAAAAUAGAUAGUGUAAUUACUGGAGUGUAUGUGUUUAGUAUAGCUCCAGACAUACCUAGUUUUGGGUAUGGAGACAAAGUUACUCCUUUUUUAUUUAUAGUUUAAAAGUUCCCAUGGGACUAUGCGGUAGGAAAGAGUUAGAUACUUCCAACUUUAUCAAGACCUGACAUUAGAUUAUUAUUAUUACUGUAUUGUUAUGCUAUUGGAUUUUAAUGUCAUGUACUCUGUCUGCAUCUUGGAGCAAGAAAACAGAUAGUGUUUUUUGUUGAAGAAAUCUGAAAUAUUAUCUUUGUAUUGCUAAAGCAACCAUCAUGAGAAAAUAACUUACGAGCAUACUUCAAGAGGAAGUUUUCUAUUUUAAAGAUGGUGUGAGUAAUACCCACACACACACACACACACACACACACACACACACACACACACACACACACACACACACACACACACACACACACACACACACACACACACACACACACACCUUUUUGGUUGGUUAGUUUGAAAGGUAAACGUAAUUGACUUUUAGUAAGAAUAUGUGAUUACCACCAGGUUGUAGUCAACCUGAGUUUGUAUAACUAUGGAAAAAUAUUUUAAGGUUUGUUAAAGUCAUCAUAUAAACUGAGUAUCUCUAAGGUAAUGGUUGAUGAAGAUUUCAUACUUAGUAUUUAUUACAGCUGAUGUGGGAGAAUCUUAGUGACAAAAGUGAGGUCUUCCCAUUACAGUGCUUUCACAUGUAAUAGAAAGUAUGUAACCAAAACAAUAACUUAAGCUUAGGAUAAAAAGGUUCGAAACUGAAGACAUCGAGAUGAGGAAUUCAUGAUUGUUUUAUCUUCCUUUAUUUGUUGUAUGCUUUGUCUCCACUACAUUCACGGCACUGGUGUUAAAUGCUAUCAUCACAGAAGGAUGAUUUGUCUUUCAUACUUUUGUACAAGAUUUCACCACAGAUAAAGUGUGACCAUGGCAAA